AGCGGAAGUGUCGGCCCGGAGCCCGUGCUAGGCGGGUGUCCCCUCGGCGCUGCCCAGCCGCCGCCUGCACUAGCCAUGGACUGCUACACGGCGAACUGGAACCCGCUCGGGGACUCUGCCUUUUACCGGAAGUAUGAGCUGUACAGCAUGGACUGGGACCUGAAGGAGGAACUCAGGGACUGCCUGGUAGCCGCUGCGCCCUAUGGGGGCCCCAUUGCACUGCUGAGGAACCCGUGGCGGAAGGAGAAGGUGGCCAGCGUACGGCCAGUGCUUGAGAUCUACUCUGCCUCUGGCCUGCCUCUGGCCAGUCUGCUGUGGAAGAGUGGGCCCGUGGUGUCCCUAGGCUGGUCAGCUGAGGAGGAGCUGCUCUGCGUGCAGGAAGAUGGUGUAGUGCUGGUCUACGGGCUUCAUGGCGACUUCCGGAGACACUUCAGCAUGGGCAAUGAGGUGCUCCAGAACCGGGUUCUAGACGCCCGGAUCUUCCAUACUGAGUUUGGUUCGGGGGUGGCCAUCCUCACUGGGGCCCACCGCUUUACGCUCAGCGCCAAUGUGGGUGAUCUUAAACUUCGCCGGAUGCCGGAGGUGCCGGGUCUGCAGAGCGCACCCUCAUGCUGGACCACACUGUGCCAGGAGCGAGCUGCACACAUUCUUCUGGCCGUGGGGCCUGAUCUUUACCUCCUCGACCAUGCAGCCUGCUCGGCAGUGACACCCCCUGGCCUGGCCCCCGGAGUGAGCAGCUUCCUGCAGAUGGCAGUCUCCUUCACCUCCCGACACCUGGCACUCUUCACAGACACGGGCUACAUCUGGAUGGGGACGGCAUCACUCAAGGAGAAGCUGUGUGAGUUCAACUGCAACAUCCGGGCCCCCCCCAAGCAGAUGGUCUGGUGCAGCCGUCCUCGGAGCAAAGAGAGGGCUGUCGUGGUGGCCUGGGAGAGGCGGCUAAUGGUGGUGGGUGAUGCACCUGAGAGCAUCCAGUUUGUGCUGGAUGAAGAUUCCUACCUGGUGCCUGAGCUGGAUGGGGUCCGCAUCUUCUCUUGUAGCACCCAUGAGUUCCUGCAUGAGGUUCCAGUGGCCAGCGAGGAGAUCUUCAAAAUUGCCUCGAUGGCCCCUGGAGCACUGUUGUUGGAGGCCCAGAAAGAGUACGAGAAAGAGAGCCAGAAGGCAGAUGAGUACCUACGGGAGAUCCAGGAGCUGGGGCAGCUGACCCAGGCCGUGCAGCAGUGCAUCGAGGCUGCGGGACAUGAGCAUCGGCCAGACAUGCAGAAGAGUCUGCUCAGGGCGGCCUCCUUUGGAAAGUGUUUCCUCGACAGAUUUCCACCUGACAGCUUUGUGCGCAUGUGUCAGGACCUGCGCGUGCUCAAUGCCAUUCGGGACUACCACAUCGGGAUCCCCCUCACUUAUAGCCAAUACAAGCAGCUCACCAUCCAGGUGCUGUUGGACAGGCUGGUGUUGAGGAGGCUUUACCCUCUGGCGAUCCAGAUCUGUGAGUACCUGCGCCUUCCUGAAGUACAGGGUGUCAGCAGGAUCCUGGCCCACUGGGCCUGCUACAAGGUGCAACAGAAGGAUGUGUCCGACGAGGAUGUUGCUCGGGCCAUUAACCAGAAGCUGGGGGACACGCCAGGCGUCUCUUACUCUGACAUUGCUGCACGGGCCUAUGGCUGUGGCCGCACGGAGCUGGCCAUCAAGCUGCUGGAGUAUGAGCCACGCUCUGGGGAGCAGGUACCCCUUCUCCUAAAGAUGAAGAGAAGCAAAUUGGCACUGAGCAAGGCCAUCGAGAGUGGAGACACUGAUCUGGUGUUCACGGUGUUGCUGCACCUGAAGAAUGAGCUAAACCGAGGAGACUUUUUCAUGACUCUUCGGAACCAGCCCAUGGCCCUGAGUUUGUACCGACAGUUCUGUAAGCAUCAGGAGCUAGAGACAUUGAAGGACCUUUACAAUCAGGAUGACAACCACCAGGAGUUGGGCAGCUUCCACGUCCGAGCCAGCUACGCUGCAGAGGAGCGUAUCGAGGGGCGAGUCGCGGCUCUGCAGACGGCAGCUGACGCCUUCUACAAGGCCAAGAAUGAGUUCGCAGCCAAGGCCACGGAGGAUCAAAUGCGGCUCCUGCGGCUGCAGCGGCGCCUGGAAGAUGAGCUGGGGGGCCACUUCGUGGACCUGUCUCUGCAUGACACGGUCACCACCCUCGUCCUUGGCGGCCACAGCAAGCGCGCGGAGCAGCUGGCACGUGACUUCCGCAUUCCGGACAAGAGGCUCUGGUGGCUGAAGCUGACCGCCCUGGCAGAUCUGGAAGACUGGGAGGAGCUAGAGAAGUUUUCUAAGAGCAAGAAAUCGCCCAUUGGCUACCUGCCCUUUGUCGAGAUCUGCAUGAAGCAACACAACAAAUAUGAGGCCAAGAAGUAUGCCUCCCGCGUGGGUCCUGAGCAGAAGGUCAAGGCCUUGCUUCUCGUUGGGGAUGUGGCUCAGGCCGCAGAUGUGGCCAUUGAGCACCGGAACGAAGCAGAGCUGACUCUUGUGUUGUCCCACUGCACUGGAACCGCAGACGCGGCCACAGCCGACAAGAUUCAGCGGGCUAGGGCACAAGCCCAGAAGAAGUGAAGGGCUCACUCUGCACGUCACCCUGCGCUCUAGGCCUGGCAGAAGCGUCACUGCUUACCCAGCUUCUUUAGAGCUGAGCUAAGCUGAGGAGCUGGGGUGGGGUGGGAGCCAGGGAUCUGAUUGUAAAUAAAGUUGGGACAUUUUAGAACACUUGUCGCAUGCAGUCCAGCCUAAGGGAAAGCAUGCUGGAGGCAGAACCAUCCAGACGCUUCGGCAAAACUCCGUGUGUUUGAUUGUGUUGGGGCUGGAGGGGGAGCGCCUCAGCGAUAUUUACAAGAGACCUGCCCCUCUCCACAGUUACGGAAGACGGUCCUGUAACUAAGCUCCCAGCGCCUAGGAAGAUUACGGGGAGCUGUGCAGAACUCCAGCAGCAGCCCAUCAAGAGCCAAUCUGAAAAGCAUUAUACACAUACACACAAGAACCAUGCUAAACACUUCACCAUUGCUAUUUCAUUUAUUCCGUAAGACAGCCCUGUGAGAUGGGUAACAUCACCCCAUGUUACAGAAGAGGAGAUUGAGGACUGAGGAGGUGUGGUAACGGAGUAUAUGGCAAAACUGGGAUUUGAAACCUGAUGGCGCUUGGGGGGGGUCUCAGAGCUUCUCCUCAGCUAUUGUGACAGAAGAGGCAUGACUGAAAUCGGGCCCUCUGAGUGGAGGAGCCCGAGGAAGGCCCCUGUUCGCACUACAGUAAGGGUUGGAGGGCCGAUGAGCGUGUGGCCAGUGUGUUGGAGGGUUAGAGAAAGAGCCUUCACGAACCACGCCCACCUAACAGUGGGGAGCAACUCCUACGUGGUCUCGGGGCUGACGAGAAAAGGAAGACGGAACAUCUCAAUUCUGCCAAGGAAGAACUACAAACGAGCGACCCCUGGCUCUACCUGACCCCGAACAGAGGCUCCAUCCCCAUCAGCAGCAGUGCUUUCUUGGCCCUGCAGACGCCCAUCUCUGGCCUUCAGCGUACAGUCCGGUUACGUGAGCUUCAUGGCCCGUGCUCCCACCCAACACUGAGGGCAUUUCCUUUUCCUCUUUUUGGGCCCUUCGUCUAGAAGGAGGACAAAGGAGGAAACCAAAGCCCAGAGGGAGGGCAGGCCUUCCUGGAGCUUCUGGUUUUCCCCUGUUAAUGCUUUUACAGUUGACUUGCAAUGAGUGCCUGAAAAGAGUGAGAGACUCGGGGCCUGGUAAGCUGUUUCUUUUUCUUCUUCUUCCUCCACCUGAUUUGUAACUUUGAAUUUGAAACUUUGAAUACCUUCCAAGGGGAUAUACAUCACAUUGUAAAACAGCCAUUUAUUAUGCUCACCUCUUACUACAUGGUUCAAGAAUCUGGACAGGAUAAAACGGUGGUUUGUGUCUGCUCCACAUAAUUGGGACAUCAGCUAGAAGACUCAAAGGUGGGAUAACCUGAUAGCUGGGGGCCGAAAUCAUCGGAAGGAUUGGCAACUCACAAGUCUGGCUGCUGAAGCUGGUUGUUGACUGGAACCUUAGCCGGGGUUGUCGGCCAGGGCACCUACAACCCAGCAGAGCUCACAACAUGGCGUUCAGCUUCCAAGGGCAGCAUCCCAAGAGAGCUGGGCAGAACUGUACUGCCUUGCCCAACCUAGCUUUGGAAGUUGCACAGGGCCACUCAAUACCUGCCACAUUCUGUUGGUCAGGGCAGUCCCACCCCAUUUCAAGUGGAGAUCGACUCCAUCUCUUGGUAGGGGAGAGGCGAGGCUCUGGAAGAGUGUAUAGAACUGGCAAUGUGGCCAGUUUUUGGAAUCACAGAUAGGCAAAGCCCCUCAGCCUUCUAUCACAGAAAUCAGCAGACCUCCAGGGAGAGGAAGAGAGAUCCCAAUAGUAGGUUCAUUGUUUGGGACUCUUUUCCUCCCCAACCUUGCUUUCACAAUUCCUCACUGCCCUGGCAGCGCUUUGAUGCCUUUCAAAAAUGUUAUCUCCAGUUUUUCUAGCUGUUCUCAGUGAAAAAGGGUUGAGACUAUAGAACCCAAUGUGCCCUCUCUGGAAAGGGUGCCCUGAGCACUGCUUUGAGAAUGUACACAAUAAAAAGUCUGCACCCCCAAGUCACAUGCCCCAUAUAUACUCCUGCGAUGUGCAAACAUUAAGCACUGGACAUAGGAAGUUUUAGAAAUACGUGAGAAAAAAUAAUGAUGACAUACAAAUAAAGUGAUUACAACUUCA